CAUUCCCUUUCCACCCGGCGAGAGAUUAAAGCGGAAAGAAUCAAAUAACACCCUCCGGAGGCCACAAACCUCCGACUUGUGGCUCUUAUUCCCAUCCUCCCCUGCUCACGUGUGCUGCUCUUUCCCCUCCGCCUUCUCCCCUCCUCUGCUGUUGUUAAACCAACGGGGAGAAGCCAUCAAACGAACGAAGAAGAACUCGACGACGAGCCAGAGAUCCCUCAGAGACACGGCAACCAAGCGCUUUUUUUUUUGUCUUUUUAUAGAUAAAAGAGAACCAGGGGGAGAUGGCAGAGAGCAGAGACCAGGCGAUCAAGCUCUUCGGCAAGACGAUUGCUUUCCCGGCCAGCGACGACAACAGAAAAAAAGAGGAGGAUAAGCUUUCUUACGGAAACUCCACUAUGAAAUUUCAGGGUAGUUCAGAUAAAGCAACCAUCCAUGAAACCAAGGACAAAGGUCAUGACUCUCUGGAUUUAGAAACAAAAAGUGAGCCACCAAUAUCCUCCUCAGCAAAUGAGACCUUGAGAACCUCUGCUGAUCAAGCGGCUACAGCUAUGAAGAAUCUAAAGCCUGAAGAACAAAAGAAUGAAACAGGUACCUCUCAAGAGAAAAUGAUGAAGAGGCCUGAUAAGAUACUUCCUUGUCCUCGGUGUAGCAGCUUGGAUACCAAGUUCUGUUACUACAACAACUACAAUGUCAACCAGCCACGCCAUUUCUGCAAGCACUGUCAGAGAUACUGGACUGCCGGGGGCACAAUGAGGAAUGUGCCCGUCGGAGCUGGACGCCGCAAGAAUAAGAACUCGGCGUCCCAGUUUCGCCACAUCUCGGUCUCUGAUGCCACCUUCCAGACAGUCAGACCUGAAGUUCCUGACCCAAUUCAUCACCCUCCACUAAAACCGAAUGGAACUGUUCUUAGUUUCGGGUUGGAUACCCCUCGUUGUGAAUCUGUGGCCUCUGUAUUCAAUCUUGCCAACAAGACAAUGAAGAAUUGCAAUCAAAAUGGAUUCCAUCGACCAGAAGAGCAGGUGGCUCCAUUUUCUGCUGUGGAAAAUGGUGAUGAUCGGUCGAGUGGAUCUUCAGUGACAGCUUCGAAUUCUACUGGUGAUGGAAUUGGUGCUAAUCAGCAAGAGCCAGUCAUUCAAAACUGUCAAGGAGUUCCAGAUCAAAGCCCAUACAUUAGUGGAUCAUCACCUUGGCCAUAUCCCUGGAGCCCAGUUCCUGCUUUCUUUUCGUCGAACUAUCCUCUCUCUUUUUAUCCUGCACCGGCUUAUUGGAGUUGUGCGGGUCCUGGCACUUGGAGCUUCCCAUGGAUCUGCCCUCCAACUUCUUCAAGCAAUGGUUCCUCAGGAGCUGGAUCCAAUUCUCCAACCUUAGGCAAGCAUUCAAGGGAAGGAGAAGUGCUCGAUAAUACCGAUUCAGAGAAAGGAGAGAGUCUUAAGCCGAGCAACCAGGAGAGGUGUCCCUGGAUUCCUAAAACAUUGAGGAUGCAUGACCCCAAAGAAGCUGCAAAGAGCUCAAUAUGGACGACCAUGGGAUUCAAAUAUGACAGUGCUGAUGUAAUUAGUGGUGGAAUGCUAUUCAAAGCCUUCCAGAAAAAGGAAGGGACAAAGAAUCACACUGCAGAGACCUCUCAAAUAUUGCAUGCCAAUCCUGCAGCUUUGUCACGAGCCCUCUACUUCCAAGAGAGCUCGUAGUGGAGCUGAAGGCUAUUGCAAGAUCUUUUGUACAUAAAGCAAGUGAAGUUUAACAGAUUAGGUAAGUUGACAAUCCUGAGAUUUUCUCAGUGAAAUUAUCAUGGUGCAGUCACUCCAUCAACUUGAGGAAGAAAGUGAGUUUCUCUGGUUUUCCCACCAGAAGCCAUCUAGGAGUAGCUCAAGUUACUUUCAGUCCUUCCUUGAUGUAACAGUAGAAUUCCCCUAUAAUUUCACUUAGCUUUAUGUUUUGGCUGAGUUUAUCUACAUUGAUAUAUCAAAUGAUUGAGAAGAAAAGAAUGAUGCAAGGAAGAAAUGGAUAUUUGUAGUUUUUUUGAUGGUAAAAUGGAUAUUUGUAGUUGUACUAAAAAUAAUUUC